AUGGCUGACUUAGAGAACAUUGCCAACAUUUUGUCACUUUCGGUUGUUGCCUCAUCUGCAAGAACAGCUGAGCAACAACUAAAAGAAUUGGAGUCUCAAGAAGGUUUCGCUCUAACCCUUCUACAUACAGUCGCAUCCACAAAUUUACCACUGUCGACUAGACUCGCAGGUGCCUUAUUCUUUAAGAAUUUCAUAAAGAGAAGGUGGAUUGAUGAAAACGGUAAUUACUUGAUCUCAGCUAAUGACGUAGAACUUGUGAAGAAAGAGGUUAUUCCCUUGAUGAUUCAGUUACCUGGUAAUUUACAGGUACAAAUUGGUGAAGCUAUAUCCGUUAUCGCUGAAUCAGAUUUUCCACAGAGAUGGUCUACUUUGAUGGAUGACCUAAUAUCAAAAUUAUCUGCCGAUGACAUGGUAACCAAUGCAGGAGUCCUAAGUGUUGCGCACUCGAUCUGUAAAAGAUGGAGGCCCCUUUUCAGGUCAGACGAGUUGUUUCUUGAAAUUCAAAUGGUUCUAGACAAAUUUGCAGUUCCUUUUCUAACAAUGUUACAAACGGUGGAUAAACAAAUUGAUGAAUAUUCUUCGGAUAAAGCGAGAAUGGUCAUCUUGUUUGAUGUGUUACUAUUGUUGGUAAAAUUAUACUAUGACUUGAAUUGUCAGGAUAUUCCUGCUUUUUUUGAAGAUAACAUGUCUGUUGGAAUGUCAAUUAUGCACAAGUAUCUAAAUUAUCAGAACCCAUUGCUAGAGGAUAACACCGAGGAUGAGGAAGCAAGCGUAUUGAGCAAGGUAAAGGCUUCUAUUGCCGAACUUAUUCAGCUUUAUAUAUCCAGAUAUCAGGAAGAGUUUGAUCCAAUGGUUGAUAACUUCAUUCAGACAACAUGGAACUUAUUAGUGUCCCUUACUCCACAACCAAAAUAUGAUAUACUAGUAUCGAAAUGCAUGACUUUUGUGACUGCUGUUGCUCGUGUCCCGAAAUAUUUUGAAUUAUUCAACACAGAAUCUGCGAUGAAUUCCAUAAUAAAGGAAAUUGUUUUACCAAAUGUUACUUUGAGAGAAUCUGACGAAGAAUUAUUCGAAGAUGAUCCUAUCGAGUACAUCAGAAGAGACCUAGAGGGCUCUGAUUCGGAUACUCGUAGAAGAGCAUGCACUGACUUCCUCAAAGAGUUGAAAGAAAAAAAUGAAUCUCUUGUUACAAAUGUCGUCAUGGUCCACAUAAAAUCUUUCUUUGAGGAGUACAACAACAAUCAAAUAUUGAACUGGAAGCAUAAAGAUUUAUGCAUGUACUUGUUUACUUCGCUGGCAAUUAAUGGCAAGGUGACAAAUGCCGGAGUUACAUCAACGAAUGUAAUGUUAGAUGUCGUUGAAUUUUUCAAGUCUGACGUGGUUCCGGAUUUGUUAAAUCAACAAGCGCAUCCUAUUUUACGGGUGGAUGCAAUCAAAUACGUUUACGUGUUCAGGAAUCAAUUGAGUAAAGAACAAUUAAUUGAAAUUUUACCAGUUAUGGCCAAAUUUUUACAAGAUAAAGAAUACGUGGUUUAUACGUAUGCUGCAAUUACCAUCGAGAGAGUCUUCUCUAUGAGGCAAUCCGCAAUUUCAAACCAACUGGUUUUCUCAAAAAGUGAUAUCGCCAGCAGUUCUGAACUUUUGCUCACCAACUUGUUUAGCUUAACUUUGAAACAAGGUACAACUCCCGAAAAACUCGCAGAAAAUGAAUUUUUGAUGAAAGCUGUGCAUAGGGUCUUGCUAACUACUGAAAAUUCUCUUGGAGCAUUUGCAUUGACUGUUUUGAAUCAACUAAUGGAAAUCUUGAAGAUAAUUUCCAAAAAUCCUUCUAACCCAAUAUUUACUCAUUAUUGUUUUGAAUCAAUUGCUGUUGUUAUAAAAUACUAUCACGACAGUCUUUCAACUCUUAUUGACAUAAUAAUACCUGUGUUUUUGUCAAUUCUAGGAGAUGAUAUUCAGGAAUUUAUUCCUUAUGUAUUCCAAGUUAUGGCCUAUAUUUUGGAGCUCCUCCCCGCAGGUUCAAUGAUCCCACCUUCCAUCAAACAAAUAAACGAAGCGCUUCUAGCACCAGCUGUCUGGGAAUUGGGAGGAGUCAUUCCAGCAGCUACCAGACUUUUGAAAGAUUUCGUCAAGUUAGAACAAUCUGUUUAUCCUGAUUUAGUUCCCGUGUUAGGGGUUUUUCAAAGGUUAAUUUCAUCUAAAAGUUAUGAUGUACAUGGGUUUGAGCUACUUGAAUACAUUUUUACUUUCAUACCCGCGGAACGCCUGCAGCCAUUUUUGAAAAAUAUUGCAGUGUUAUUAUUACAGAGGUUACAAAAUUCUCGAACCGAGAAAUAUUUGAAAAAGUUCGUUGUUUUCUUGGGCGUCAUAUCCUGUAAAUUGGGCUCCGAUUUUGUUGUUCAAUUCAUCGAUGAAGUUCAGGAAGGACUUUUCCAACAAAUCUGGAACAACUUUGUUAUUGACACUAUAUCCAAAGUUGGAAAUCUGUUGGAUCGUAAGAUAGUAUUGGCUGGUAGUUUGAAUACUGUUGUAUCUGGCAAUUUAUUUUCUUCCAAGUAUGGCAAUUUAAUUGUUCCAACUUUAGACAUCAUAGUGAAAACAGCAUGUUCCGAAAGCAUUGCCAACGUUAACUCGGAGUUUGUUGAUUACGACGCUACUGAAGAAAUUUCCACUUUUGGUUCAAGCUACAGCAGACUAUCAAGUAUUACGGAAAAACCAUACGACCCGUUACCUACUGUAGAUGUGCAUAACGGUUUGCGGAAAUACACUGGAGAAGUGUUGUUAGAAUUCAAUCAAAAAGCAGGAGGAAAUUUCUUGCCUCAGAUUCAGACACAAUUAUCUGAAGAAGGGAAAAAUGCAUUAACGAAAUUAUGUACCACAUAA